UUCAAACGACCUCUUUCUUUCGGACUUUGUACAGAUUUGAUAGGGCUGACGCGACUCUUCUGCUUAUGGUGUAGCAUUGCCGUAGGCGCCGGAACAACUGCGACGAUGAAGCCAACUUGUGCUUUCGUGAGCCCGGAUGGAAUCUUUCAGAAGGAAGGAGGCGGCGGUGAAACUGCGGCUGAGGCCGUAGCCGUCGGAAGCGGAAGAAGCAGCGGCGCCACCGCCUCCAUUCGAAGCGUGAAGCAGAAACCCCCUUUUCGAAUCGCCAAGGAUGAUUCCAAGCCGCUGCUCCGCGACCCCAUUCUGAGGUCGGACCCCAUCGAGACCGAGCAAGCGGUUCUCCGUCUUCCUCCUCUUCCUCGUAGAGACUCUUGAUCCACUUUAACGGGUGUUCAGAUCCAUAUAGAUCCAACUAAAUCUGCAUGUGGAGGACUCCCCCCUUGCUUUGUCUACCGGAUAAAUCCAAAAGUGUUUAUGGUAGUGCAAAUUAAGUGUCCAUGCAUGUCCCAGUUGAGGAUUGAUAUGUGGUGCUCUAGAAAUCCACUUAGAACCGUCAAAUCUUGGCAUGCCCUAUCAAACAAGAAUAAUUUAAACGGAUUAUAUUGAGAUUUUAUUAAUCCAUUGUAAGGUUGCUUCAAGCAA